UGUGGCAUUUAUUUGUUUAUCUGAUAAACUAAUUGUCAAGCCAAAUGGAUUUGAUUGAUGAGAAAAAUAAAAAAAAAUUAAAUGACUACAUAUUGUAUCCUGAAAACCCAAUUUUCAAUCAAGUGCCGGAUAUAAUAGAAAGAACUUAUGAUGAGAUGCGACUUCUACAUAUGCCCAAAGCUCCUGCCAGCACAAAGUUGGUACCUAGACGUGAUUUUAUGACAGGAAAAAUAAUUAAAUUUGAAGAAGUUGACUUGGAGGAUGUAGGGGCCAAUGCAUGUAACUCCACUUCAAUGCGGCGUGAGCCGGGUCUAUUAGAAGAAACCACUCAUGGAUCAUCAAAGAAUUAUCCUUUCCUACCUGGUGGUUUUGAUGAAUUACCUCGUAUUAAACUUACUGCCGAUAAUUUUGAUUUUGGUACGGAAUUAUUAACAGUUCCUCCUGGGUUUUCAAAAGGCCAUGAUUUUGCCAAUAAAUCUGAGUUCAAUUCGCAUUCAUUCAUUAAAAUCCAAAAUGAACAUAAGGACAACAUUAAUUUAUUAGAUGAUCUUGAAAAGGAUUUAGAUGUGCAAGAAUGGCUUAAGUUAAGCAAUCAAGUUACGGGUAGUGAAAAAUCGAACGCAACAGGUAAUCAGCUUCUAGAGUAUAAAGACGUGGACGAAGAUAUAUUGAAAGAAGACGUUAGGCCCGUUAUCGAAAUAUCAAAAUCCAAUACAAAAUUAGUUCAAGCUCAGUGGGCAGAAAUGGUAGAUAUAACACAACCAGUAACAGAUUUUAAAGAAAAAGUACCCUGUCCUGCUAUGACAUAUCCGUUUGAACUAGAUGUGUUCCAGAAACAAGCAAUAAUAAAGCUUGAAGAACGAAAGUAUGUUUUUGUCGCAGCUCACACUUCUGCAGGCAAGACUGUGGUUGCAGAGUAUGCGAUUGCUUUGUCGAAACGUGAUCUUACACGAACCGUUUACACUUCACCCAUCAAAGCACUUUCUAAUCAAAAGUAUCGCGAUUUCAAAAAAAUGUUUGACGAUGUCGGUUUAAUAACAGGCGAUCUCCAAAUAAAUCCAACCGCAAAUUGUCUUAUUAUGACUACAGAAAUCUUACGUUCAAUGUUAUAUUGCGGAAGCGAAGUUACAAGAGAUCUCGAAUAUGUGAUUUUUGAUGAAGUACACUACAUAAAUAAUCCUGAACGCGGUCAUGUAUGGGAAGAAGUUAUAAUCUUGCUGCCUGAUCAUGUCAACAUAAUUAUGUUAAGUGCUACGGUACCUAAUACUAUGGAAUUAGCUAAUUGGGUGGGAAGCACUAAAAAACGAAAAGUUUAUGUAAUUAGUACAUUGAAACGCCCAGUACCAUUGCUACAUUAUUUGUAUAUUGGUUCCAAUGGGAAAUCUAAAGAUGAUCAUUUUCUGUUAGUCGAUGACAAAGGAACGUUUAUGGAUGAUAACUAUAAAUUAGCUGUACAAAAAAAAGAUGAAAUGCAAGCCAAAUGGAAAACUGUAUCUAAAGGUAAACCUGGCCCUAAAAUGGGACUGAAUCCAAAGCAGGAAACAAGAAUAUGGAUUGGCAUAAUAGAAUUUUUAAAACGCCAUAACAAAAUGCCUGUUGUUGCAUUUACACUAUCUAGAAAUCGCUGUGAUCAGAAUGCUCAGAAUUUAACAUCUGUUGAUUUAAAUACUGCUUCAGAAAAAGGAGCAGUGCACAAAUUCUUCCAACAGUGUUUAACAAAGUUGAAACCGCCUGAUCGUAAGUUACCACAAGUCUUAAUUAUGAAAGAUUCACUAGAGCGUGGUAUAGGAGUUCAUCAUAGUGGUAUAUUGCCUAUACUUAAAGAAAUUGUGGAAAUGUUAUUUCAAAAUGGUCUCGUCAAAUUGCUGUUUGCCACUGAAACAUUUGCUAUGGGAGUUAAUAUGCCAGCACGAACUGUGCUUUUUGAUUCUCAUAGAAAAUUUGAUGGAAUAGAGCAAAGAAAUUUGAAACCUGCGGAAUAUAUACAAAUGGCUGGCAGGGCUGGUCGACGUGGUCACGAUGAAAAUGGUACAGUUAUGAUGAUAUGUAAGCAAGCUAUACCUCCUGCAAUGGAAAUGCGUGCAAUGAUACUGGGACAACCAGAGAAACUUUGCUCUCAGUUCAUAUUACGUUAUGCUGUUAUAUUGACUUGCCUGAGAAUUGAAAGCAUUAAAGUGGAAGAUAUUAUGCAAUAUAGCUUCAAAGAGUUCUAUCAAAAACAACAAAUUCCAAAUCAUCAAAAGCAGUUACAAGCUGCUCAAGAUACUAUCGAAAAAAUGCCACCGAUGGGAGAACAUUUAAAGCCACUAUGCGAGUUUUUUGAUGCAGCAAAUAAUUAUAUUGCGGAAAAGAAAGCUGCAAUAACAUACAUUUUUGAAAAAAAUCAUAAACUACAUAAAGAACUCAAGAUAGGACGGGUUAUUAUUAUAACUUCUGGCAAACACUUUAAUAAAUUGGGUAUAAUUUUGCAAAUUUCCAAAGGUCUCUCCAAAGAGCCCAAUUUCAGAGUAUUAGUGCUAGAUCAUCAAUUCAAAAACACAACGCCGGAAGAAUAUAAAGAUGAAUUAUUCUAUAAAAUGGUCUCACUGACACCACAAAAUAAAUUUUUCCAUCCCGAAGGUAUUGGUGGUCAUGCAGUUGUGGAUAUUAAACCAAACGAUAUUGUGGAUAUUACUAGACAGUUUGUAAAAAUUGAUGCCGAUGUAGUAUUAAGAGAUUGGGAUCAAAGGCAAAUAGAGCGAUUUAAGGACACAUCACCAGGAACAUGGGUAACGAAGAUUGUAUCUGAAUUGCAUCAAUUAAAUGAGCAGUACAACGCUAAUCCCAAUUCGAUGAAGAUAUUUAACAUCUCCAAAGAAGUUAAUCUAUUUACUGACCAAGAAUUUGAAAAAAGAGAUUCUAAAGACGUUGUCAAAGACUUAAAUUCGGUUUUACCUCAUACGAAUAUUGCAGGGUUUGAAGAAGAAUUCGGUGUUGUAUUUGGGCGUAAGCUUCUUCUACGUAAAAUCGAGGAAUUGAAGUUCAAGAAUUCUACUAAAAAUUUAUCACUAUAUCCAGAUUAUUGCAAUAAAAUGAAAGUACUAAGAGCACUGGAAUACGUAGAUUCAUGCGAUGAAGUUACAUUAAAAGGCAAAGUGGCUUGUGAAAUGGGGCAGAAUGAAUUGCUUAUUACAGAAAUUAUACUCUGUAAUAUUUUUAAUGAACUUGAACCUUAUGAAAUCGCUGCUCUACUAUCCGGUUUAGUGUUCCAAGCUAAAGUGAAGGAAGAACCAGAAAUUCCAUUAAGACUUAGAAAGUGCGUUGAAGAAAUUUAUCGUAUCAACGAGAGAAUCGUACAGGAAGAGCUUCUUCAUCACAUUAGCGAAUCUGAGGAGCGACUUAAUUUUGGACUGAUACACGUAGUUUAUGAAUGGGCGAGAAAUAAACCUUUCGCAGAAAUAAUGACCCUAACAGAUAUUCAAGAAGGUAUCAUUGUUCGUGUUAUACAGCAAUUAGAUGAACUACUGCGUGACGUUAAGACUGCCUCUAUACGUAUUGGAAAUCCGGUGUUGCAGCAUAAAAUGGAAGCGGCAUCAAAUGCAAUAAAGCGUGAUAUUGUUUUUACAGCUAGUUUAUAUACUGAAUUCUAAUAUUGUAUUUAAUAUUGCAUAAAAAGUUAUUUAUACAAUUCUUAUUCAAAUUUA